GUGCAGUUCCCCAACGGAAAAUGGAAGUUCAGACCGCGGGAUUUGGUCUUGUGCAAUGUGCAGCCUGGCUCCUACGUGCGCUGGUCUGAAAGCGAUGAAGACAUUGAAGCUGGCGAGCUUGGAAAGGCAACAGGAGAAAUCAACGACUCCGGCAAAGUGAAGGUGGCCUUUGCCAAAGGCACGUGGAGUUUCAAACCCGACACGUUGAUCCCUUUCGACAUCCAGCUGGGCGCCUUUGUGCGCUGGGACAAGGGGAAUGAGGAUGUGAAGAAGAAAGACCUGGGGCAGGUGGUGGGGAUCAAGGUGGCAGAUGGCAGCUUGCGCGUGCAAUUUCCUGCAGGGCGGUGGAAGUUCCGCCCUGAGGAGUUGACUCUGUGCCGAAUCCAACCUGGGCACCUCGUCACUUGGGUCCGGUGGGAUGAGGACAUUGGACGUGGGGAUAUCGGCGAAGUGGUCCGUUUGGAUGACAACAAACUGUCCAUUCAGUGGCCUCAACUGCACUGGAGCAUGAGGACGGAUGAAGUUGAGAAGUUCAGAUUCCAGAAGGGGGAUCGGGUGCAGUGGACCAAGUCUGAUGAUGACAUACCACAAGGACACAUGGGUUAUGUUAUGAGCGUCUACUACGACGAGGACGAUUCUGGAAAGACCACUGGGAAUCGACUCAACGUCAAGUGGCCCAACGGGAGAUGGAACAUGAAGCCUUAUUCUUUGUUGCCCUUGAAUUUCGAUGUAGAUGGAGCAAAUCAAUUGAAAUUAUCUUUCAAGCGCUUUGACAAGAAUGGAGAUGGCAAGCUUUCGGAGGAGGAGCUUGUGGGGGUCCUCAGUCACCUAGGUGGUGAAGGUGGAGCUGGUUUGGCCCCAGAAGAGUGCAAGCAGCUUUUCGAGGCCUUGGACCGUGAUUCAAACGGAAAGCUCACCGUCGACGAGUUCCUCGACUAUGUCUUCUCAGAUGCAAGCGCUGCCGCACGGAUGGUUCUGGCCGAUGGUUUUAGCUUGGAUGCAUUCUUCGGCUUCCCAGAAGAAGGGCCAGACGUUGUAAGUGAUGAUGACGAGCCGAAGAUGAAGAGUAUGGCUUUUGAAGGCUUUGAGGAGAUGAAAAGUUCAGUCCCCCCAGAGGCUGCUGGAGGCAUCGACGGGGACACGGAGGUCUCGCGCACUGAGUGGGCAACUGCUAUGUUGAACGUGGGUGUUCCUCGCGCGGCAGCGCUGACAUGCUUUGACGAGGUUUUGCGGGAGCUUGGCGGGAACGGUGACGCGUUGCGGUUAAAGGAUCUCGCGGGCGAGCUGAAUGGUCUCGUCGGUGCUGCUGGCAUUGAGGAGCUUCGCGCUCCCAUCGGUCAGGUGAAGAAUGGCGAGGUGCGUGUCAUAGAUCUCAACACGCCCUCUGAGGAUGUGCGGCUCGAGCGUGACUUGGCCCAGAAGACCGGCAUUGAUGGGCUGAUGUACCAUCUCUUCUGUCACAAUCAGUCUCUCAAGGACGCAGCAGCCCACCUUCCCGAGGCGAUGCUUUCGGAGCUUGAGAGGAAAGUGCUCAGCGAGAUGGGUGCGGGGCAGCUAGUCGAGAGAGUCCUAUCUGCCUGGGAAUGUUCCCACACGCUUAGCGCUGUGGCCUCUUGGCAGAGGGCACGUGAAAGUUGCAAGCGCGAAGUGCAAGAGAUAAUCAAGCAAUGUAAAGUGCAUGGUACUAAAUUCACCGACGACUCCUUCAACCCUUUGAAGAACGAGAAGGAGGUACUCUAUGUGGACAAGGAGCAUCUAUGUAGUCCUAAAGAGUUUUUUUUCUCCGAUGGGAAUGGGGGUCCCAACAGCCUGGAAGAGGGCCACGGACAUUGUUGA